AUGUAUCAAGAAUUCAUUGCACUGCAACAAAAUCAGACGUGGAGCUUAGUCCCUCCUCCUCCCAUGGCAAACAUCCUUGUUGUCGCUGGGUGUUUCGUACCAAAACCAGAGCUGAUGGUUCUUUCGAAAGAAGAUAAACACGACUGCAAAAUUUAUUUUUUGGUGUAUGUAGAUGACAAUGUCAUCACAUCUUCACAUUCCUCUACCAUUAAUAGUCUUAUUUCAGCAUUGGGACGUGCUUUCCUAGUAAAGGACCUCGGUGAUCUUUCCUUUUUCCUUGGAGUUGAAGUUGAUCACACAGCACACGGCUUGAUUCUCUUUCAAGGACAGUACAUCAAGCAACUGUUAACCGGUAGCAAAAUGCUUCACACUAAACCCAGCAAUUCUCCUAUGGCUGCUAAUCUCAAACUUUCCAAGUUUGACUCACCAGAUUUUGAAGAUGCUACACUUUAUCGAAGCAUAGUUGGGGGCCUCCAAUAUCUGUCCUUGAACAGACCAGAUCUCUCUUUUGCAGUCAACAAAGUGUGCCAAUUCAUGCACACACCUAAAGCUUCUCAUUGGACUGUUGUGAAAUGUAGCUUACGAUACUUGAAAGCAACCAUCAACUAUGUUCUGCUCUUCAAGCCUCAAACUGAUUUUUCUCUUCAAGCAUAUUCUGAUGCUGAUUGGGGGGGUUGUCCGGAUGAUCGCCGAUCAACUAGAAGAUUUUGCAUUUACUUGGGUCAUCACUUAAUAUCAUGGAGUUCAAAGAAGCAAAGCACAGUGGCACGUUCUUCCACUAAGGCCGAAUACAAGUCCCUUGCUUCCUUAGCAGCAAAGGUUAUUUGGUUGCAAACAGUACUUCAUGAACUAGGUGUCUUCCUUUCCACAGCUCCUACUUUAUGGUGUGACAAUAUUGGAGUAAUAUAUCUAUCAAUGAAUCCUAUCUAUCACUCAAAAACAAAGCACAUGGACAUUGAUUUUCACUUCGUUAGAGACAGGGUUGCGGCAAACACCUUACAAGUUCAAUUCUGCAGUUCACAAGACCAAUUGGCUAAUCUUCUUACCAAACCUAUUGUUGCUGAUCGUUUUCAUCGUUUAAGAUCGAGCCUCAAUGUGGUAGACACCUCAUUGGCCUCGAAGGGGUGUAUCAAGCUAAAUGACUCAUCUGAGACUUUACACAAACACAAGGAUGGCAUUACGGGUGGUACGGCAAUAACAUGA